AUGGCGACUCCAGCAGUUUCCCGAAGUCGCAAAGCGGGCGACGGCACAUCGCAGCCCAGCAGUGCAUGGCAUGAUGUGCUUGAACUCUGCAAGAAGGGCUUCGCGAACAAGCUGGAGGGCCUCUGUGACGUCCUUGUGACCGUAGUGCGCAACGAGAUGCGCCAGGGUGCAGAGAAGUGGAGGGGCGAAGUCAUGGACCAGAUGAGUCAACGAGAACACCAGCUGGACAAGUCGCUCCUGUCGCUGCGAGAGAAGUUGGAUCACAUGGAGUUGAAGAUCAUGGAUCCAGACCGUGUGGAUUCGCCCUUCCUGGGAGGCCCUUUGCCUCCCACCUCCCCCGGCACACCCGUGGUGACAGAACUGCCCCUGCCGGGGAGCCCUACGCAUGCGCCGCCUCUCCCGACGACACCUUCACAAACGCUGCGGACUGGCUCGGCACAGCGGAUGCAAGUGGAUGAGCUGAUGCCAGUCAUUGAGCACCUUCGAAAAAGCGACACACUGCAUCAGGCGGCAUCUGCUCAACUGGAAGAGCAUCUGGAGCGGGUGCGAGAGCGCUGCGAAGCGCUGGGCCGGGUCUCCACAGCGGUGCUGAAUGGUGUGCAACGUUUGGAACAACAGGUGCAACAACUGGAACACAAGUCCCAGGUGGCCGAAGCGAAGAUGAGCAAUGUUUUGGGACAACAACAAUCGCUGAACGCAGUCUCUUCCCAAGUCGCGAAGGAACUUCAGUCUUUGCAACAAAAGGACGCCUUGGCCUUUUCCGAUCUCCAGGGGCGGCUGCAAAGCCAUGCUACAGAGAUGCGUUCCGUCGUGCAUGACGAUGUGCACGGGAUUCAAGAGGAUCUCAGCGGGAUCAAGGAGCAUCAGCAGAAAGAUUUUCGAACAGUGGUUAUGGAAAUCUCUCGAAUUCAGCAGGUGCUGCAUUUGGACUUUGUGAAGGUGUUGCACGAAGAACCCUGUCGAAAGAUGAUCAGUCGCGCUAGACAGGCUCCAAGAACAUCAGGAAAUGACCUGGGCGGAUCGCAGGCCAAACGGUUUCGAGAUUUCUUUGCACAGACAGAGCCUCCACCACAAAAGGAGGCGCACAGCCAGACAGAAGCCUCCUUAUAUUUGGAAGUGGACUUCAAACCAAGGAAGCAACGCGAGUCAAAGCACUCUAACCAGCCGAUGCUCGAAGAAGCAGCCUCUCAGCAUUUUGGAGGCGGAGAAGAGCACUUCAAGGAGAAGGCCAGAGAGGCUGCGAUGAAGCCGCCUUACUCGGUCUACGACUUCUACCACAGCACUGGCUGCUCGCAGGCGAUUGCUCGUUCUCAUUGGUUUGAAUAUGUCACACUCUUGAUCGUGUUCUUGAAUGCCGCCUGGAUGGCCGUUGAUAUGGACUUGAAUACCGCCAGCGUCAUCACCGAAGCGCAUCCUGCAUUCUUGAUUGUGGAAAACGCGUUUUGUACCUACUUCUUCUUGGAGCUUCUUGUUCGCUUUGCCGCCUUUGAAAGGAAAUGCAACUGCCUGCGAGAUGGGUGGUUUGUCUUGGACCUGCUUCUCAUGCUGCUCUACGUGUUGGACACAUGGCUGGUCCUGAUACUUGUCUAUGCAGGAGGUAUCCGAUUCGAACCAGGAGGGGGGUCCAUGAUGACACUUCUGCGAAUGCUGCGCAUGGCCAAGCUCUGUCGUCUCACCAGGUUGGCCAGGCUUCUGCGAGCCGUCCCAGAGUUGGUGAUCAUUGUGAAGGGCAUUGGCUUCGCCUCCCGUUCUGUCACCAUUUUUUUCAUGUUUUGGACCCUGAUAACCUAUGCCUUUGCGAUCGCAAUCCGCGAGCUCACAGAAAACACUGAGGUGGGAAACCUCUACUUCAGAACUGUCCCAGAGGCCAUGAACACGUUGCUGCUUCAAGGCCUAUUCCCGGAGAGUGUCCAGCUGCUCGACUCCAUCUCCGGGGGUGCCACUUGGUACCUUUGGCCACUGACGGUAUUUUUCUUGGCAUUGGUGUCAUUGACAGUCAUGUACAUGCUCGUAGGGGUGCUUGUCGAGGUGGUGCAGGUUGUGGCUUCAGUCGAGAAGGAAAGCCUGGCUGUGACCUUCAUGUCCAGCGAAAUGAGGCGGCAGCUCAUGAAGUUGGGGUGGUCUCCAGAGCAGCCGAUCAGCAAAAGUGAAUUCCAGCGCCUUGUUGUGGAACGACCCAUCGCCCGCAUUAUACAUGCAGUGGGUGUCGAUGUCUACGUUCUUUGUGAGAUGCUUGAUCUGAUUUUUGAGGAAGUCGAGCGAGAAGGUUUGCUUGGAAUGCCAUUCAACAUGCUGAUGGACAACAUCUUGAGUCUUCGUGGUUCGAACCCAGCCAAAGUCAAGGACUGCUUGGGACAAUUCAAGAUGUUCAAGAUUAUUCUCCAUGAACGCCACGAGAACCUGAUGAAAAAGUUAAAGCGCGAGUUUGAUCGCAUCAAAGCCGACGUGACGGAUGUGAAGGAGGAUGUGAAAGAGAUGCGUGAAGCAGAUGUGAGGGAAAAGCAGAUGCGUUUACUUCAGCCACCGGCGCCGGAUGAUUCAGACUGA